CAAAGAAGGUGUACCCGGAAGUACAUAACUAAUCAAACUAUUUUUGGGAACUUUAUGGUUUAUUGAACCUUGAAUAACCGCGUUACUCGAACCCCUGCAUUUUCAUCUUGUAUCCAAAACAUUUCCAAUAUAAGAAAUUUUUCCCCUCAAGAAGUAGCAAAAUAUAAACUCUUUUCUUAACUGCUACUAAAUGGCGACCUGACCAGUGACCAUUGAUUCUUACUUCAGGCGAGAGAGGUUUCCCCAAAAGAAAAAAGAAUUCCAGAGAUCUGACAAGUGGCCGGAAAAAAAAAGAACGGCGAAGUCAAGUCGUCGGCAAUCGCCAGUAUCCUUUGGGGGUCCAUUGUGGGGCCGGCGAAGUUGCGUUCCGGUAAACUUCGGCAGCAAUCUGUCUGGCUGCUGGGCUCUUGCCUGAAUUUUAUUUCCGGUGGUCAGAGGCGUCUCUGAUUCAUCAUCGUCAUCAUCCAAUGGUGCCGCUGUUUGUUUGAGCUCACCAACUGAACUUCCAUCCUAAAGAAGAUUGCCCAUCGAUUUUCCUGCUUCACUGGAGAGUGCCCAAUCCUAAGCAAGCAGAUCCGUCGGCUAUUAUAUAUCCGGUGGCAGGUUGCUGCAAAAUACUUAUCAACCUGAUAAUGACCACACUCUCUCGUCCUAUAAAAUGCUAUAAUCCUCUUAGAUUUGGAUAUGAGAAAGACAAUGUAUUUAAACCGCUUUGGCCGUUUGGCCCUGAGGGUUGGAGAAAACAUAGUGAGGAGGAGGGCCCAGAGUUCAAACAGAAAUCCGCGGUGAGUGUUUUAGAGAUGGUAAUGAAUAUGUCAGGAUUUGACAGCCGAAGGCUUGUUGAUGAACUAAGAGAUAUUUUACCAAUAGUCAAGGAAGCUUAUCCAGAAAGUGGGCUACAUAAUUGUGACGAUGAAGAAGUGAUAAAGUCGUUUGCUGCAGAUGGUUGUGUCUUUAUCCUUGUAGUGUUCUCCAUUCUUGGUGUGGAAUUAGGUUUCCCGGAGCAACAUGCCCUCCUUGGCAAGGGACAGGUGCGCGAAGGAAUUGAGAAAUGGCUAAGGUCGAUUUUUUAUGUGGGUAACCAGAUCCCCCUUUACGUUGUGGAGAAAUUGAUAAAAUCACUCAAGCACUUAGGAGAUUUGUGGGAAAAAAUUAAGGAUAGUCAGCCAUCAGGAAUAUUAGAGAAAACAUUGUUUAGGUUCAUGACUAUUGAUCCCUCUCAAGUAUCAAAACCAGUCGAUGUGAUGGAGUGUCUGCGAUCAGUCAUCCUUGGACCACAGUCAUCACAACUUUGCAUCUGGGUAGUCGGGAGGAGUGAUAUAGAAGGCAAGACGAUACCAACAAAAUCAGCCAGUGCACUUUCCAGAUGCGGCUAUGUUUUUAAGCCAUUGCCGGAUGAAUUUGGGAGUAGGGCAAUCAAAUGCGAGCAUCAAUGGGGGAAGGUCGCAGUUUACUUGCCUUGUAUCGAGGUUUUUAGUGCCGCAUGGCUAGAGUUGAUGUUUACAAGUGUCCGAAACUAUGAGUUCCUUCAUCACGGCCCUAUAUUUCAGCUUGAGUCAACACACUACUUCAACUUGUUAAGUACUUUGAUUCGCUCACUAGAUGAUGUUAAAGUCCUUGAAUCCGGGGGUGUACUUGGAGGGGUAGACCUUGACUCUUUGCCUCGUAUCCUACAACCCUUUUAUAAACCGCCCCCAUUUGAUCCUCUGCACUUGAAAGAGAUUCGCAGUUAUAACCCCCGGCUCGCAGUCUUUUGGAAUUUCAAAGGCCGGAUCAUUACUUCCCUGGUCGUAUGUAAUAUACUAUUAACUCUCCAGCUCGCAUCCUUACAGACAGGGUAUACCAUUCUCGGUAACUAUAAGCAUCACUGAUUACGGGCAGUAGAGAGGUAAAGGGAAUCAGGGGCUGAUUUUUUCCUUUUUCUUGUAUUCAUCUGUUGCUGGGGCAGAGAAGAGCGAUUGUAAAUAGAGACCUUUCCGUUUAGGGUCUAGGUAGCAAAACGUUUAUAAACCAUAACUCAUAUUUCCUUUCACCAUUGAGAUAUAGUAUAGUGCUAGACCCUUAAAUUAGCUUUAAAUAGCAUAAAACUUGCAGCAGGGAGUCGAGUGCCGAUUGAUGCUAUGAUCUUGCAUGCUCGUUUUGCUACCAAUGUAAGUGAGCAAGGACCAUUGCAAGGCUAAACACUCCUGGGCUUUUUCCCAACACUCCUGAGCAAUUCCUCUUUCCUUUGGGUAGCUUGCCUAUUAAGUUCAAGUAUCAAGAGACUGUAUUGCGACGAACACCUUCUUUUUUUUUUUUCUUUAAUACUUCCUCUGUUAAGAAAAAAUACUCAUUUCACGCUGAACUUUAAAAUUUGUACUAUUUUUAGAACAACGCAAAAUAGAUAAAAACACAUUCUCGUCCCAUAUAUUUAAAAACGCACAUUUUCGUCUUA